AUGGCGCUCUUUGAUUUCGAUUAUCUCAACCAUAAAUCGUUUAAUCCAAAUGUUUUGGUAGGCAACUGGUUUGAAGAGCGCUGCGAUCGCAUGGUCGACAAGAAGGCCAUUGUGCCAGGUGUGUAUGGACAUUCCGAAUGUCCCGCUGAACAUAGUCUUUAUGACGAAACCUAUCAGCGACCAGCGAUGGAGAAGCAAUCCUUUCAGGAAUUCAAAAGACAAGCCUUCGUAAAUCGACUAAAUAGUAAUGAAACCCAUUUCAGAACGAAAGACUCAGAGGAAUUUUUGAAUAAUAUGAUUACCACAUCGGACAUUAUGUAUAAUAUACGGCCGGCAAAAGCACGAGCCGAAACUGCAAGCGGACAAAAGUUGAUAGAGAAAAAUGAAGAUUUAUUAGGCACUUACAGUCAUACGACAGAGACUGGUAUACAGCGGAGCAAAUUGCAGCACGAUCGUUUAGGCGAACAUGCUAGGCGAUAUCAAACCACGUACAGUAAUGAUUUUCAGCAGAGGCGGAGCUGUCCACGAGAAAAGACUUUGAGAGAACGUUGCCAGAAAUGUAAAAACCCACCACUGUUCCCCACAGAUGAGUGA